AACAAAUACUGUUUUCAGGAGUCUAAAAACUGCAUGAUUAAUUAGUUCAUGCAGUAGCUUUGUAACAAAUUGCACAAGUUCCACCGAGAUUGAAUCUUAUAUAACAACAACAAUGCAAGAACAGGAGCUCACCAACAACGUAUGUGUACACAAUACCUGUUCUGUUGUACCUGUUGCAGCUUGCGCCUCCAUGUUACCAUCAUCGUCUGCCACACUCUCACAAGAAAAUUGUGUCGGGAACAUGUCUGGUAGUAGAGCAACAACAUUUACAUUGAUGUUGUUUGUCGAGGCCUGCGGGUAGACGGUAGAGACACCACUCUGUGGUAGCCGCAUCGGACGAGGAGCACCAUGGACUGGAGGGCGGGCUUUCGGAGAUGCGGAUGGCGGGCACUGCAUAUUAUUGUGGAAGGUGAGCGAUAGUGCGCGAUAGAAGCGAGAGCGAGAUGGGGAAUGCUGUGAGCCAGGCGGCUUGCGCGGUUCAGGCGAGGAAGUCCGGCGGGGACGCACCUACAUGCUACUGGCGGCACUCACGGAGACGAGCUCCGGGAUGACGAGUAGCUAGCGGUGGAGCUUCGCAGGGAGGCCAGCCGCGCGUGGCAGCGAGGCCGCUAGAGAGGGGAGAUCGGGGCUACGCGCGCUAGGUUGGCGGAGCGCGUGGAGAGGGGAGUUGGGGGCGGCGAGCGCCAGAAGAGGGAGGGCGGCACAGAUGUUUCGUCGCGGCGGGAAAGAAAAAAAAAACAGCGAUUGCGGCCUCGGGAGCUCUGCGUAGUUAUGCGCCAGAUAACACUCGUUUUCAUCCGCCUAUCCACCGGUAUCCACGCGUUCCCCAAUCGAGCAAAAAUCAAUCCCAGAUCCCAAUCCCUACACCCACCUCCCAACAAACCCUAACUUUACCCCUCCACCGAGCGCAACCGGCUGCGACCAAAGAUGCCGGCGACGGCGGGGCGCGUCCGCAUGCCCGCGAACAACCGCGUGCACAGCAGCGCGGCAUUGCAGACGCACGGCAUCUGGCAGAGCGCCAUCGGAUACGACCCCUACGCGCCCGAGAACAACAAGCAACAGCCGGGCCGCCCCUCCUCCUCCGUCUCCGCCGCCGCUGCCGCCGCGGCCGCCAACGACGCCAACGCAGCCGCCAGCGCCGCAGCAGCUUCCGGAUCCGGCUCGAGCGAUGGCAACGCCUACACCAGCUUCCAGGGCCUCCUCGCGCUCGCCCGCAUCACCGGCUCCAACUCCGAUGAGACACGCGGCGCCUGCAAGAAGUGCGGCCGCGUUGGCCACCUCACCUUCCAGUGCCGCAACUUCCUCUCCGUCAAGGACCUGGACCUGGACGACGCCCAGGCCGCUGCACAGGCAGCCGCGCAGGCCAAGUUCGACGAAAUAAAAAAGAAGGCUGCUGCUGGUGGGGACGCAGAUGAGGCUUCUGAUGACCUCGAAGAGGAGGAAGAGGACAGCGAUUCCUCUGAUUCAGACGUCGACCCUGAGCUGGAGAAGAUAAUUGCUCAGCGCGAGCGUGCCAGGAAUGGAGGACGGAGGCACAGGCAGGAAGAGAAGUCGUUGAGCCACCGCUAUAGGAGCAGCAGCAGCAAGAGAAAAUCAAAGCACACAAGGAGUUGGAGAAGUGAUGAUACUGAGGAUGAAGAGGAGGAAGGCAGAAGAGGCAGGGACAGGAAGAAGAGGUCCAGCAGAUCGAAAAAGCAUGAAAGAUCAGAUGAGGCUAGCAGUGAUGACUCUGACUCAGAUAGGCAGAGACACAGGAAGAGCAGGAAGAACAGAUCAGAUGAGGCUAGCAGCGAUGACUCUGACUCAGAUAGGCAUAGGCGCAGGAAGGGCAGGAAGGACAGGAAGAGAAGGAGGAGCCACCGCAGGAGAGACGACUCAUCGGAUGAGGUGUCUGGAGGUGAAGAAAGGAGACGCCAAUGUCACCGCAAGCGGAGCCAUCACCAAAGGGAUGCAUCUGACUGUGACAAAGGUGGCAGUGAUUAUGCAGAUGAAAAGAAGCAAUCGAGCAGGCGGAGGAGGCACCGCCAGUCAGAAAGCAGUGGGUUGGAUGAGGAUGAGCGGCGUGAUCCCCGAGGAGCAAAGCGAUCUGAGGAGAAGAACAGGGACCGCAAGAGGAGCUAAAGAGGAGCAUUGAAUUGUGCUAGAUGCUUAAUCGGAGGGAACGAUGGGGUCACACGGGUCACACCGAGGCCUUCUGAGCAUUGCCAUCAAUAGGCGCCAGGCGGGAGUGUUUUAUCACUUUAUGAACAGUCAGUCUGCCGAUAUCUAUCUGAUCGCAUGUAAGGCCACUGAGAACUAGAUCUCUUAAUAUCCAGUAUCUUAUGAUCUUGAUAAGAUGAAGCAUUAAGUUGGAGGGCUAAUGCGAUUUAUUAAUUGAUUUUGAGUGUGGUCUCUAAAGUUAUCGAGGACUUUUAAAAAUGCAUUUCUGAGUUUCUAUA